AUGGAUAUGAUUCACUUGGGCAUUGGUGUGGUGGGUACUCUGGCCCUGCUCUUGUUUGUUACCAACUCGGCCGCCACGGUCGCCAUCUACUCGAGCGAUCUUCUAUCCGAGAUGGUGGCAUCCAGCGCCCCAUUCAUAGACCGCUUUACGCCCGUCGAAGGUGCGCCUGUGGUACUAGACUGUGAGAACAUGGGUCCCACAUGCUCCAUUGUUCGUAGCGUUGGCAAUGGUGUGUGCCAUGUGGUGGAGAUAAUGGCUGACCUUGGCAAUAGCUCGGCGGAGCCACAGCCCCCCAAUCCCAAUGCUAACAACGAAUCUGAACGAACAGUAACGAGUCCAAGUGUGGAGACUGGCAAGAAAAAAAAUACGUCAUCGAUCCUUCAAGAGAACCCCAACAACAGAGAAAAGAGAAGCACCAAGCAAGCGUCACAUACUGGUGAAAAUUUUAGGCUACAAUAGUAGUCCUUUCU